UUCUAGCAGCUCAAUGUUGGUUAAUGCUGCUGGCGGCGAGGUGGUUGGCCCUGUUAACACCAACACUAACAACGCCGACCAGUCCCUUGGCACACAAAUUCGCAUAGUGUAGAUACCGAAGCGAUGCGAACUGUUUUUUGUAUGGAAAAUCCUGCAAUGCCAAAAGGCAAUAGCUGCUAAAGCCAGAACAUUUUACGAAAGUUCUAUCAGUUGUUUGACAUUGUUCCUGGCAAAAGGUUGUUCUGACGGACGAAAAGUGCGAAUACUCCAGUACACCAAAGAUAUACACAUACAAAUUUCUCACUGCAAGUUUUAGUAUACCCAAAAAAUGUGAAAAUUUUUUAAAGCUAAAGUUAUCUAAUCGUUUCAAGUGUAAUGAAAAUUUUUGCGAAUUGCGAAAAGUGAGAAAAUAUGUCUGGCUAGGAAAAGCUGGUCUCACGGAGUGUCUUUUGGCAAUUUAUAAAUUUGAAAAGAUUUACAAUUAUCUAUAUACAUAAAAAAAAGUUAAUUUAAAAGUGUUUAAAACCAAAAGUAAGCAGGGGGCUUUAGCCAACAGUAUGAAGGAUUUUUGUUUAAACCCUUUGUGUGGCAAUUUUUUUAAAAUACAAUUCAAAAGCAACAAAUUUAUUUAGUGUGCUCUUGUUGUUGCAUAAUUUCACACAAAAUACAUAUGCGUUUAUAGCAAAAAGUGUGAAAAGCGCUCUUGAAUAAACCUACUUAUCUAAUAGUCCGGGUAAUUUACAUACAUACAUACAACAUAGAUAACCAAAUAAAUUUUCCAAAAAAUGGCACAAUUCGUUACGCACAUACAACCAACGUUGCUGGAGGCUUCACAGGGCCAUGUACCGCAUCAUCAUGGCCAUCAAGUUGGUAUGCAACAUUCAUCACAUUUGCCACAUAGCGGUCAUAAUAUGCCAUCGCCGCCAACAGCGCAUAACCAUCAUACGCAUUUGCACCACCAACAUCAGCAGCAGCAUCAGGAACAACCGCAUCAUCAACAUCACAACCAUCACCAUAGUCCACCAUCGCAAAUGUCGUCGCCACCAAGUGGCGCACCAUUACACCAUCAUCAUAUUGGCAAACAUGGUGCCAAGCAUGAGCACUUUGGACAUCAUGGCACCGGCGAUCGGAAAUGUUUCACAAAGGAAGAUUUCUGCAUUUCAUAA